AUGGCGGCCACCGCAGUAGACAAGGAGGGUCUCUUCAUUCCCCUCAUCGACUUCUCUGCCUUCCUCAGCGGCGAUAACGCGAAGCGCACCGAGACCGCCAAGCAGAUUCUCGACGGUUUCCAAAACGCCGGCUUCAUCUACCUCAAGAAUGUCCCCAUCAGCCAGGAGCUCCGCGCUGCCACCUUUGCCAAGUCGGCCGACUUCUUCGCCCAGGACGACGACGCAAAGACGGCUGUCGGCUGGACCACGCCCGAGGCCAACCGCGGGUACUCUGCCCCCGGCCGCGAGAAGGUCAGCCAGUUCAUGGACGCGGCCUCGGUCGGCAAGGAGCGUGCCGGCAACCCCGACUUGAAGGAGAGCUACGAGAUUGGACGCGAAGGCGAGCCCACGCACCCGAACCAGUGGCCCGUGGAGAAGGCGGGCAGCCCCGUGGACGGAUUCAAGGCGCAGAUGCUUGACUUCUUUGGGCAGUGCAAGAACCUCCACGUCGAGGUCAUGCGCGCCAUCGCCGUGGGCAUGGGCAUCGAUGAGCACUACUUUGACGGGUUCACGGAUGUUGGCGAUAAUACGCUCCGUCUGCUGCACUACCCGUCAGUCAACCCUGAAGUUUUCAAGAUCAACCCCGGCCAGGUUCGUGCCGGAGCUCACAGCGAUUAUGGCUCCAUCACCCUGCUCUUCCAGGACGACCGCGGCGGUCUGCAGGUGAAGAGCCCCAACGGCCAGUUUGUGGAUGCCACGCCCAUCCCCGGAACGGUAGUCGUCAACGCGGGUGACUUGUUGGCGAGAUGGAGUAACGACACAAUCAAGAGCACGAUCCACCGUGUCGUCGAGCCCCCGAGGAAGCCGGAGGAUGGAUCCGAGUACCCUCCGCGGUACAGCAUUGCAUACUUUUGCAACCCCAACUUCAAGAGCCACAUCGAGGCCAUUCCGGGUACUUACGCGACGGAGGCGGAGAAGAAGUACGAGGGUAUCAACAGCGGGCAGUACCUUGUGCAGAGACUGGCUGCCACGUACUAA